AUGGCAGCUAAUUCAGUUUAUAACUUCAUUAUGGACUCCCUGGAUGGGGAAGCUGUUUCUCUAGAAGAUUUCAGAGGCAAAGUCCUUCUCAUCAUCAAUCUGGCAACCUUCUGAGGCUCCACUGCUGUGCAGUACCACAGAUUGAACACACUCAUGGACAUGUUUGGUAGUGAGAAGUUCACCAUUCUUGGAUUCCCAUGCAAUCAGUUUGGACUUCAGUCACCUGAGGACAAUGAUGAGACUUUGGAAAUCUUACGCUGUGUAAGACCAGGCAACGGUUUUAUCCCAAAAUUUCCCAUCUUCAGUAAAAUUGAGGUUAAUGGGCUAAAUGAGGAGCCUCUGUUCUCCUAUAUAAAGGAGUCCCUGCCAUCUGUAAACCCUUUCAUUGGAGACAUGAAGAAACUUUUUUGGUCUCCAGUAAAAGUUAGUGACGUUCGUUGGAACUUUGAAAAGUUCCUUGUUACUGCAGAAGGUGUUCCGUACAGACGCUAUGACCUCCAAUGUCCAUUUGAAGAAGUGGAGAGAGACAUAACAAGACUUCUCAUCCCUAUGACAACUCAGCUUACCUAG